AUGAAUCUGUUCUGUAUUGUCUGUUUAUUAUCAAUUCCUAUUCGAAUACUUGGUACUAUUAAAGAAACUAUAGUUGAAAAUCCAUUUUAUCUUCGUGCUCGUAUGCAUGAUUCUCAAACGGCUAAUGUUCAAUUUGAAAUAGCAUUAAAUAUUAAUCAGCGAUCAUGUCAAAUGUAUAAAUUUACAAUUCGUCAUGAUGAUGAUUUUUAUUCAAUGCCUGAACAAAAUUUAACAUUUUGGAGAAAUUCACUUGAAUUAAAAUAUUUAUCUGUUGGUANUAUUAAAGAAACUAUAGUUGAAAAUCCAUUUUAUCUUCGUGCUCGUAUGCAUGAUUCUCAAACGGCUAAUGUUCAAUUUGAAAUAGCAUUAAAUAUUAAUCAGCGAUCAUGUCAAAUGUAUAAAUUUACAAUUCGUCAUGAUGAUGAUUUUUAUUCAAUGCCUGAACAAAAUUUAACAUUUUGGAGAAAUUCACUUGAAUUAAAAUAUUUAUCUGUUGGUAAUUAUAGAAUAUGUGCUAUCAUAUGUUCAAAAUAUUCAAAACCAUAUCAUUCAUUAUAUUAUAUAUUUAAGAAAGAGAAUCCUUUAAAACCAAUAUCGGCUUGUGUUAAUAUUUAUGCAUAUCGCUCACAUUAUCUGAUUCUUACACUUUAUUUACUGGUUUUUUUAGUUCUUGCUUUUUCACAAAUUAGUUUUUCAUUACGUAAACGAAGAUUUGAAGCAAGAAUGAAAGACAAUUUGAUUAAAUUUGAAAAUACUUCACAAAAAUGGCAUUCUAUUUCAACAUUAUCGAUCUCAAGUUAA